AUGGCUUUACCAGUCCCCCACAAACCCCCCCAGGGUAGCCCAAGCAAGUCAAGAUUGCCUCCGGGCGCACUCGACCUACCCAAUGUCUUCGACAAGGCCAUGAAGUUGGCUCCCACUUCUCCCUCCAAAUCGACAUAUAACCACUACAAUCAUCCAAUGUUCUCUGCCGGCAAAAAUGGCGAGGACUUCAACGAGAGCCUGGGAUCAACCCCAACUGCUGCAGCACUUUCGCGUCAGGAACCAUAUCAACCACGCGAUGAGACAACCAAACGCCAGGUCCAGAUGCGCGGCCUGACCCCCGAGGAAAUGGAAAAGCUAGCACAGCCCAAAGUCAAGCGCCUCGUCAAUGUGACCCAACUCUACUUCCUUGACCAUUACUUCGAUCUCCUCAGCUACGUCCACAAUCGCCAAACCCGCCACGCACAAUUCAAAGCCGCCUACCCCGACCCCCCUGCUACCCCUGACCACGAGCACGAACCCGCCCUCCUAAAAUACCUCGGUCGCGAGCGCGCACAUCUGCGGAAACGUCGCACACGUCUCCGCCAGGGCGACUUCCAGAUUCUGACUCAGGUUGGUCAGGGUGGGUAUGGACAGGUGUAUCUGGCGCAGAAGAAGGAUACGCGGGAAGUGUGCGCGUUGAAAGUCAUGAGCAAAAAGCUGCUUUUCAAGCUGGAUGAGAUUCGUCAUAUCCUGACCGAGCGUGAUAUUCUCACUGCGGCCAAGAGCGACUGGCUAGUCAAGCUACUCUAUGCCUUCCAAGAUGACACACAGAUCUACUUGGCCAUGGAGUAUGUUCCUGGCGGAGACUUCCGCACACUGCUGAAUAACACCGGUGUUCUCCAUAACCGUCACGCCCGCUUCUACAUUGCCGAGAUGUUCAGCUGCAUUGAUGCGCUCCAUGUGCUGGGAUACAUUCAUCGUGACUUGAAGCCCGAAAAUUUCCUGAUCGAUUCCACGGGCCAUGUCAAGCUGACUGAUUUCGGUCUUGCGGCUGGUAUGCUGAGCCCGGGCAAGAUCGAGUCAAUGCGCGUUAAGCUUGAGGAAGUCGGGAACACGCCCGUUCCCUUUGGUCGGCCCAUGGAACAACGUACAAUGGCCGAACGACGACAAGGAUACCAGUCUCUACGCCAGCGAGAAGUUAACUACGCCAAGUCCAUUGUAGGAUCGCCAGAUUACAUGGCGCCGGAAGUGUUAAAGGGCGACCAAUACGAUUUCACUGUGGACUACUGGAGCUUGGGAUGUAUGCUCUUCGAGGCAUUGGCAGGCUACCCGCCCUUCGCAGGCGCGACAGUUGAGGAGACAUGGCAGAACCUGAAGCGCUGGCAGAAGGUGUUGCGGAAGCCCGUCUACGAGGAUCCGAACUAUUUCUUGUCACGGCGGACGUGGGAUCUCAUCACGAGACUGGUUGCUGGGAAAGACCAGCGCUUCAAGAACAUCAAGGAGAUUCAUGCGCAUGACUAUUUCGCCGAGGUCGACUUCGAGAGUUUGCGUGAGCAACGGGCUCCGUUCGUGCCUGAACUUGAUUCCGAGACUGAUGCCGGGUACUUUGACGAUUUCAGCAAUGAAGCAGAUAUGGCUAAGUACAAGGAGGUCCACGAUAAGCAGCGCGCUCUUGAGGAUAUGGCGGAUCGCGAUGAUAAGAUGGGCAAGGGCUUGUUUGUCGGAUUUACGUUCCGUCACCGCAAACCCGCCGUCGACAGUAACGGCCGCACCUCGCCACGCAAGCCUAUCGCGACGGAUGGCACAUUCGGGACAAUGUUCUAA